AAUGUCGUUUCCGAUUUCGGAUGAACAAGCUCGAGUAUAAAAAUAAUUACCGGCGGUGUUGCGGCACGAACGGAGCUAUCAUUUCUUUUUCUUCUCCGAGGGAUCGACUCUCCGAAUCCAAUCGACGAGAGGCGAAUGGACGAUAAGUAUAAGCGCAGCGCGUCCGUUUAAUUUAUUCGCUUCCACGUACGACCACUCGGCGAUUGCGACAGUUGCAAACGUAGUAGGUGUGUGCGCGGUUAAUGAAGCGAUUAUCAUCGCCGACGUUUCCAGUUGUGGUCUGGCUACCAGAAGGGUAUUACCGGUUUGUGAUAACGUCUAGAACGCUGUCCAGAACGAAAUGCAGGAACUAAGCGCGUCGAAGAAAGUGUUUUAGUACCGAAGAGCGAGCGUUUUCGAGCGAAUAAGCGAGUGAUAUAACGCAACGUUAUUUACAUCCUAUUGAUCUAUCUAGGAAAAAGCUUGCUCGACCGUCUACGUAAGAGGAGUGCGAUAAGUACUCCCCGUUAGAUAAAUUUAAUUGCAACGGCAUUGCCUUUGGCCCUGACGAGAUCGUUCUCGGCGUCGGUAUCACGGCGUAUCGUCGUUUGUUUCUCGGACGACUUUGCAGCCAGUCAUUUUUCGAACCGCUUGUCAAAGGAAGAAUCAGUUAGAUCGACGUGUCAAGAUUGCUAGCUCGCUGGUCGACUUACAAUUAGACGUAUCCGCGUACCUUUAAUUACGUCGCGCCAAACUUCAACCUAUCUCUCUAUCGGGCGUACGAGCGCGCACGGCGGCAAGGGAAAAGAGUUUCGUAGGGUUAAGUCGUGCGUGCGUGCGUGCGUGCGUUCGAUCAAAUACAUCGAUUCGCCGGACGUAUCCUUCUAUAAAAUAAUUCGAGCGAAUUCGAAGGCUCGUCGCUUACAGAUUUCUGAUGCCAAAAGGAGGACCGAUCGUUCGACAUGAAUUGCAAAGUGAUGCCGCUGAAGAAUCAUUCCAAGAUAAGUUAUCGCGUGAAAUGCGUCGCCGUGGAAAACGAAAGAGUUUUCGGCGACGUUUUCGUCACUCAUCGAACGAGAAAUAUCGAUUACUCCCCGAUCGGUUAUCCCUUCUCUUCGAUUCGCAAAACGAAAAAACGUAAUUUGAUCGAGCAAAGGCUGGAAGGACCGGACUUUAUGGAAUUGAAUAAAAAAUUACCGAUCAGAAGAGUCAGCGAAAGCGUUGCGCCUGCGAUUAAGAGACAGAUAAGAAGGAGCAAGUCUGUAGAAGGUGCUCCGAUUAAUCGACGAUUCGAAACGAUCGACGUUAAAAACGACAACUUGCACAAGAGUCCGAAGAAAUAUCCAGCACCACUGGCGAUACGAGAUAACAAGGAGGAAGUACGGGUUUGUUCGCUCGUGGAUCAGCUAUUACUGGACAUUUAUGGUUUCCCGUCCGGUAGUCGUUCCGAGAGCGAUUCCACAGCUUCUUCGUCCUUGAGACAACAUCCGCAGCACCAAUAUUUACAAAAGGCUCGUCUCCUAUUGAAAAGCAAGACCGAGUUGCAAGUAUCGAUAAAGAUCUUGUACGAUCAUAUUAAUCACACCGGUGGAUUGCUCGUUCGUCAACUGCGAAGAAAGGAUUACCUAAUUGCCAAACGCGACAAACAGUGCGACAUCAUCACCGCUAAUUUGCAAGCGCACAGCGCGAAAAGAAUCGAAGACACGAAGAUGAGAUUUAGCUUGACUCCUCAGCCGGGGGAAAGUGGAUUUCAACAAUGGCUGGACGCGAUGAAGAUGGUAGCGCGUUUGCCGGGUGGCAUACCAGCGGAAUUUCGAAAAAGACUUUGGCUGACGCUGGCGGAACGUCAUCUGGAGCAACGAGGCGUGGACUGGAAGCAGGCUGAGAAGGUUUGCUUCAACGAGUGGAGUAAUCCCGACGACGAGGAGCUCGGUAUACAAAUCGUAAAGGAUCUUCAUAGAACGGGCUGCAGUCUGUUUUGCGGAGCAGCCGGACGCGACAAUCAAGCCGUGCUACGUCGAGUAUUGCUCGGCUUUGCACGAUGGAACAAGUCGGUCGGUUAUUGUCAAGGAUUAAACGUACUGGCGGCUCUUGUGUUACAAGUCAUGGAUCGUGCGGAAUCGUCGGCCGUGAAGGUGAUGAUUUAUCUCAUAGAAGGUGUCCUACCGGAAGGUUACUUCGCCGACAAUCUUCGCGGGCUCUCCGUCGACAUGGCCGUUUUCCGUGAUCUUCUUCGUUCGAGGAUGCCGAAAUUGUCCAAGCACCUUGAGAUUUUGCAAAGCGACGCGAAAGACAAGGCUACGGGUAGCAGCUACGAGCCACCUCUCACGAACGUCUUUACCAUGCAAUGGUUUCUCACGCUCUUUUGUCAUUGCUUGCCGCAAGACGCGGUACUCCGCGUUUGGGAUCUCAUAUUUCUCGAGGGCGACCAAGUGCUUCUGAGGACGGCUUUGGCCAUUUGGGAGAGUCUUUCCGACCGUAUCAUGACCGUGACGUCGGCGGACGAGUUUUACAGCAUCAUGGGCGUUCUCACGCGAGAGAUGUUGGAAUUUACGGAUACGAAUAAUCUUAUAAAGAACAUCGUCAGUUUGGGACCAUUGCACGGCGUGACGGGACUUAGAGAAAAGCAUAGAUAUAAUAUCACACCGUGGGCUCGAAAAUUAAGCGACGACGAGGACAGCGAUACCGAGGAGGACGAAAGAUUGGCCGUGGCCGCGGCUAUGUUCAGUAUGGCUCAGCGAUUGAAGAAAGGUGAACUUUUGAGCGAGCACAUUUCCUCGACGGUGGGAGCGAUACAAGCGAUGGCUCCUGGCAACGAUCGAGAACGCCUCGCUUUGGACAUCAGUACGUUGAAACAACAGUACGCUAAGCUUCGAGAACGACAACGGCAAGCUCAUAUCAUACUCUCCGCCGCGUGUGCGAGACAAUCGAUGGUUCCUCCAGCCACUUCUCAGGCCAUGAAUCACCUGUUAGUCGGUAAGAAUGCGCUGGUCAGUGGAAAGAAUCGAUCCCUCGGUUUGUCCACCGCUACGACCCCUUCCAAGACGAGACCCGUCGUUCUUCACGGUCCACGGGUGCCUAGUAAGAAGGACAGACAGCAGGUCGUCACUUUGCAUUGGAAGGACACGAAGAGGCAGAAGCACAAAUUCGGGGAGACAGCUGCCGAGGCUACGAAGUGCAAGGAGAAGUCGAUAGAAUCGCCGGAGGAGACGACGCACGAGCUAGCGUCACCGAAAAGCGGAGUCGUCGACAGCGACAGCGACAGCACCUCGACGGAGCUCUGCGACGAGCCCGAUCGAUGCAGUGACGUCGACAGCGAAGAGCUAACGUCAGCGUCUGACAAUUAUUACGUCAUGGCUAGCGAAGAGGAGAAAAGCGGGAGGGUCGAGGGUUCUUCGACCUCGGGCAAUUCGCCCGUUCGUUCGCCGCGUGACGCGACGGUUGUUAGUCCCCGCGACGUCAUCGGGGAAGAGAGUCUCGACUUGGCGGAGACCUCGUCGAUAGCAAAGAUCACCGAUCAAAUAAGAAGAUUAUCGGCCGAAGACGACAAUAAUACGAUGGUUCCUCAAGCGUCCUUAAAGGGCGAAAUCAAGAAAGACGAUUGCGUCGAUAAGAGAGCUUUGCUCGAGGUUGGCCAAGCGAAAUCUUCAAAGUGUCAAGACGGAGUCGACGAGAGGAAGGAAUGUUUAGGCUCGUUCGACGAUCGGGAUUACUUUAAAUUUAAUUACGGCGAAUCAAUGACCGGUUACGCGCCGAUGAGAGACAAGAAGGAGGAAUCCGUCGAGAGGAACGACGACGAAAUUGGAGGGACGACGACCGAUCUCGGAUCGGUGACGAAGGCGAUCGCCCUUGGCGCUUACGACGUAGGAAUCGCUGCUGGUCCGUCCGAGCGAAACGAUAUUCGCGCUUUCCUUUCCAAGGAACCGAUCGUUAUCGAUACGAACGUUACUUCCAAGUACGAAAGCCCCUCGCUCCUUACAUCUUACGACGAGAAGGAGGAACGUUCGGACGAUAGGGACAAACGUUUCGAGUUGACUUUGGAUUCUUACAAGAUCGAAGGAUCGUUGAAUAGUUAUAAACCCAUAGAUUUUAAAUCGUCGGACACGAGGGAGAAACUCGAAUUUACGAACGUUUCUUACGGAUCCGCGCGUAGUCCGUCGGUAGACGCCGAAGAGACGGAUUUUCAAGUUUCCUUGGCUUCUUACAAAUCGUUGAAGUCGUCCGAUACGAGCGACAAAGCUUUCGAGACGUCUUUGGACACGUACGAGUCGUUAAAAUCGCCGAACAGAAGGGACCAACGCGUCGAGGCGUCUCUUCGUUCUUACGAAUCCUUAAUAAAUUCGGCAGAGACGAGCAACAAACGAUUCGGAAUAUCUUUGGAUUCUUAUAAAUCUCCGAGGUCGCCGGACGCGACGAACGAAAAGCGUUUCGGGACGUUGUCUUUGGACUCUUACAGAUCUUUCAAAUCGUCGGACGCGAACGAGAAACGCCUCGAAUCGUCUUUGGAUUCCUUUAAAAAAUCCGUGCAGACCCCGGAGACGAACGACAAACCGUUUCAGACAUCGUCGAGUACCUACAAACCCGGAGCGAAAUCGCCGGAGCCGAAGGACGAUGGUAUCGUCGAACGCUCCACGAAGGCUUACGCGAACGUUUUCGGCCAGAGUCCCAGAAAGGACAUCUCGUUGGACGUUACGUCGUCGGCGGGUUCGCUUCUGUCCGGACAAAGCUUCUACACGUCGAAAACGUACGUCGUUGGCCACCUUCCGAUCUCGCCGAUAAUCGUAGAUCAGAAAGUGAAUAAUCCGAGCCGCGCCGCGUACGACAUCGCCGGCGACCCCGUCGCCGCGACGGACAUCACGGUUAGAAAUUCGGAUCGGUCGGUGGAAAGAGGAAAGUCGUCCAACGUGGAAGGCGCCAAGUAUCACGCGACGGAUACGACGACGAGGAAGAGGAGUCCUAGAACGCCGGACAGUUCGAAGUCGUUUAGCUCGGGCGAGACGAUGGGUCCGGAUUCGAAAGCCUCGAGUUUGACCGUCAGUCCGAGGACCCCGGUUAAGUCGGUCUCUCGAGAGUUCUCCGCGGACAAGUCCGCGUGUUCCUCGAUAAGCUCGGACUCGAAAACCCUCGUGCUUCUGUCAACGACCGAGUCCGACGUAGCGAGGGAGAGUCCGAGAUUGGAAGGGAAAAAGUCGUCCUACGAAAGGUCGAGCCCCUCGACGCCGUUCAGCACCGACUCGCUCAAGUACAAAUCGGACUCGAGUCCUAAACUAAUCGUAAGCAGCUCCAGCGACUCCUGCAGUCCGAGCAAAAUGAAGUCUUCCGAGAGGUCCUUCAGUUCGGACCUUCGAUCGCCUAUAAGUGCCAAUUCUAUAAAAUACACCUCGAACUACGGGAAACGAGGUCAAGAUAAUAUUUCGGACUCGUCCAUCGAUCCGAGCACGGCCGUCUCGCCGUUUUAUCCGAUCGCCCAUCCCAAUCGAAAGACCCCGUCGCCGUACAACGUUUCCAGGCGUAGAUGCAGCCAAGAUAGCGCGCCUGACACCUCGCCGGAACAAAGAUUAUCCGUUUCCAAGGAUUCGGGCAAGUGCUCGAGUAGCGCUCGUACGAACUCGGACUCCGGAUCUUCAAGGAUCUUCGAGAGCAGAGAGGAAAAUGGAAUAUCGACGAAGAACUCGUGCUUGAACGUAUCGGAAAGAGAUCGGGAGAGAAACGAUCGUCGAGUUUACGAAUUCGGAUCUAACUCGAUUUUCUAUAGCAACGAAAACGAGGAACGGUCCGCGAAGGAUAACGGCGGGGGCGGCGGCGGUGGCGGUGGCGGCGGCGGUUGCGGUGGCGACGGCGACGGCGGCGGCGGCGACGAUCGCUCGUCCGAGAAAGACACGGUAUCUCAGUUGCCUCGAGAACAAUUGAACAAGCAUUUCAUGAAUCUUAAUUUCAGGCACAAGGACCGUUCGAAAUUCUUGGAAAGAAGUUCCAGCAGUCUGGAUCGAAGGUUCGCCGAUUUGAAAUCUUCGGCAUCUACGGACGAGCUCUCAGCCUCGAUCGUAAAGAAAAGAUCGAGUGACAUAUUGGAAGAUAUGAAGCAUCUCGAGGCUAAGGCUUUCAGCGACGGACCCUCGGAAAGCGGUAUACUCGGCAAGAAGAACAGUUACAUAUGGGAGGAUUUCAAGAACCUCGAGGCCAGACGCCAGGACAAUUUCAGCAAUUCGGCAAGCAGCUUCUCGAGGCAUCGCCUCGACGUCGCCGACGUUACCGAAGCGUACAGCCUGCCGCCGGACGCUAGAAAGUCCUACGUCGUGCGCCCAAAGAUGAGCAUAGACGAGAGUAUCGAUAGUAUUUUAAAGACGGUCUCGCGUAACAAGUGCAACGCCAACGACGACGGCCGCGGGGAAAGGCGCGACGAGGACGAGGAGAACGACGGCAGAGAAUCGAAAUUGGGCGUUUGGACGAAGGUCAAGCCGAGGAAGAGGGGUAACGACGGUCGGAGGAGUAGCGACAGAGCCUUGAAGAUAAUCCAAGAGAACUCGGCGAUCCUACAGAAGAUCCUGGCGUGUCAAGCGAAGAAACGUCUACCCGAUCUCGAGGAAAUAUCGAAGGAGAUAACGAUUAGCCCUAUAAACGAGGAAAUUUCCAAGAUAUUCAGUCCGAUAUUGGAGAAGAUGGGAUUGAACGAGCACGAGAUAAACGAGGAGUUGGCACGGAUCAAUUUCAAGGAUUUCGACGAUAUGACGGGAACGAGCGUCUCCGAGUUCGAUGCGAAGAUCCACGACGAAUUGUCGAAGCUGUCCUUGAUAGACGAGACCGAACGCGCGAACGAUCUCGACGUGGACGAGAUCGUAUCUCAGGAAUAUUUCGACACGCGGGAGGCUCUGAUAGAUCGGAAGAUUAACGAGGAACUGUCGAAGCUCUUGGCGAAUUACGAGGAGGAACCGCGUUUGAGCGUGGCGACGUUGGAGAAGGGUUCCUCCAGUCAGAACGUCAGCGAUACCGAGGGGCUCGACUUGACCAGCAUCUCGACGAACGUCUUUUCGUACAAAUCCUCGAACGACUCCAUCGAGACGAGGAGCGAGCAAGGCUCCCUCCAGGAAACGUCGAUUCAGCCGGAAAGAUAUCCUCAGUACGGUCAAUCGGCUUUGCCUUACUCGUCGUCGAGCUACGUGCGAGAUUUGUCGCCUAAAAGCGACAUAGACAUUUACAGGGAGCUCGAAAAGCUGGACAAGAUAUCCUCGGCUCAGGUGAUACCCGACACGCCGUUGGACGUUUCACCGAAAAUCUUGUCGCCGGUCGCGGUUGCCUACGUUACCAACGUUUCUCCUUACACCUCCGACGUAUCGACCCCGAUUCGAUAUUCACCGAAAACGAUGCCGACGUUCGACGCUUCCCCGUUAAAGGCCUCUUACGAUCCAUACAAGAGCUUCGAUUUUAAAAGCGAUCUGUCGCCGAGGAGGGUGCCCAACGAUCCGUACACGCCGCGUCCCUACGACGAUGCGCUUGAUUCGAAUUUCGAGUACUUCGAUCGCGAAUCUACCGUCUGCGCGAACUCCCUCUACGACGUACGUCCGAAGAGUCCUAUUUUAACGAAGGAAUCUUUGGAAUUUCGAGUGAGAUACGACAACGAGUCACCGACGCGAAAUCUCACCGACGAGUCCUUCGUUCUACCGAGCGAGGCCAAACAGAGGGCCAUGCGGAAGAGCGUUUUGUAUUUCGGCGAUCGAAGUAACGAGAUCGUCGGUACCAACGAGUCCACCGCCGGCAACGAAUCGAGAACCCUCGAUGCGAUUGCCAGUUCCUUUAUCGAUUAUUCCGCCGAAAGUUCCAACGUCUUACGUCGUAGCUACGAUCCGCCAUCCUCGCCUAUGAUAAAUUAUAUUCGCGACAAGAAUACCGAAUACGACAGAGCUUUAUCCGGCAUGGUAGGAAACGAAUCGAACGUUGGAACCUAUUUGCGAGAUUAUCAUCCUGCUCUUUCUCCAAAUCGACGAUUCGAUCAACCCUUCCCUCCGGUCGUUAACUAUCUUCCCUCGAAACUUUCUCCGGGCAUCGUCGACGAAACCAAACGACCUGUCUCUCAUCCUGACUUUCCAGAGAAAAUAACGAUCACCAGCGAGUACACCGAACCGCCUGCCAGAGGCUCCAGUUGUUACAAAAAAUCCUCUUUGAGUUUGGCCAACAUAGGACGAUCGAGCAAAAACGGGGAGGAUAGCCUGAACGUCACCCCAAGUCCGAAGGGUCAAUUCAGUCCGUUUCCGGUGAAGAAUACGUCGAAGAAGCCGAAAGACUUGGCUCUUAAGUUAGGCCUCUACUCGCCAAAAAAUUCACCGAGCGGACCCUUGAGAAGAUCGUAGUCGAUGGCAUUGCCUUGUACGUUCUUCGAGAA